AUGUCCGAACAGCUGACCUCUGAGCAAGUGUGCUCACUCGCCUUCUACUACUGGCGCAAAGGCUAUCACAAUGCCAUCGGGCCUCUCCUUGAGAGACUGUUGCCUUCUGAUGCUAACGAUAGGAGUGUUAGAGAACUUCUAACAGCUGCUCACAUACCGAUCACCAUUCAGUUGCCUGGGAAGGACCAGAGUGCCAUCAGCACCCUUCAACAGAAGGCCUCAACUGCGACUGUUGAGAAUAGAGGCAUCGGGUAUCUGGACGCUAACCCAGCCUACCAGAAAUGGGACGAUCCGAUUUCCGUCAACACCCCUGAAGACUCUGCGUCAUCAUUGUUGAACCCUACUGGCAUGGCGUUGAAGGGCUGGUCUAUAAUCGAUCAAGGCUUCCAACGCAUGGCUAAAGGACAAGUCAAGAACUUCAAUACGGCGGUCCUUGAUGCAGCGAUGCUGUGGUUCGAAGCGUCACUGCAAAGGAGUUCUGACGUGCUCGAGGCCGCCAUGGGCAAGGCCGAGGUCCUCAUUGCCAAAAGACAAGUCCCACCAGCAUUGCACGUUCUAGCCGAAUGCAUGGCGACUCAUGGGAUUUGGUACUCUCCUAUCGGCCAUACCCAGGCUUGGGCCAGCUUAUUGGCCUCUGAGUUCGACCAAGCUUACGACAUAGUAGAUCGUGCAAGAGCCAACAGUACACUGAUGACAGCUGAUGAUAUUGAGCUCGAAAAACUCUCUUUGGUUCAUCUGGUCGCCACUGAAGGCCCAUCGACGAAGGUUGUCCAGAGUGUCCAGAAGGUGCAGGACUUGUGCCUGCAGAAGGAGCCCCACAACGUUAAAAUCCUCCUCGAUCUCGCGUCCCUUAUAACUCGACUAUGUGCGACACCAACCGCCAGUCGAGGCAGUCCGCCGUACAGGUCUCCAUCUUCUAGCGGCGAGUCUUAUGUCGGAGCUUGCCUCACUGAAAUUGGCUACCAAAAGCUCAUGAUGGGUUUGCCUAACGAGGCUACUGAAUACUUCAACAGGGCGAUGAGUGCCUCUAAUGAAGGGUCCGAGAUAGAUGCUCUCUAUGGAACUAUAUGGUGCUGUGUAGCAACAGGCGAUUUCCAAGAGGCCUCAGAUCAAUUCGAUCUCCUUAGUGAAAUCACAACUUCGGCAAAAAGCGGCAAGUCAGCCGAGGUUGCGUAUCUGAAAUCGAUCAUUACUAGCCAUGAAGGCCAAAGCGCACAGGCAGUAGCGGCCCUCAACGAGUGUCUCACCUUGCAUCUUACACGCUUCAAGCACUCAACAGGUCAAGACUUCUACCACCACUUGAACCCUUAUUUCAUGAUGAAGAUCGCUUACGAGUAUAUAGGCCUCAGUGAGCCUACACAAGAAGGGGCAUCCAGUGGUGGUAGCAGCAAUCUGGCUAGAGGCGUCAAGGUCCUCGAGACCGUCAGCAGAUUCAUGCCGGGUCUCCUGUCGAUAAAGAUGGCCCUCGCCCAAGCUAGCAUCAACAUGGGCAGCCCCGACAAGGCAAUGCGACUCCUAGGGCAGUCCCUGAAGGCCGACCCACCCUAUAUAGAGACCUACAUCCGUCUCGCUCGCCUCCAUAGUGCUCUCGGCCAGAAAGAUACAGCGGCUAAGUAUCUGGAGCAAGGCUUCGCCCAAGACUUCGGCAUCCGAUCUCAUCCACUGUAUGCAGCGGUGCGAGCUGAGGGGCUUAUGAUGGACAAUCGAGUCCAAGAGGCGAUAAAGCUCUUGCGAGAGGCCAUCGAAGUUGACGGCAUACGACAGAAGACUGGCAAGAACCCCUCUCAAAAGGCGUCAAAAGGUUUGAGUUUCACACUUGGCGACAGGAGCAUGCUCUUCCGUACUUUCAUCGAAGCGCUCACCAUGGGCGAUUUGACAGUCGAGGCCAAGCGACUUCAAGAGGAUGCGAUGGUGGAGUUCUCAGGAACAAACGAGGAGUCGACUAUAAUCGUGGCUGGUGCCGAGAUAGCUGUGAGGCGAGGCGACAUCGGGGAGGCCUUGACCGCUCUAAGCCGUGUUCCGCCGAGUAGUGCUAGUUAUGGUAAGGCACGCCUUGCCAUGGGAGAUAUCUUUAAGAAUCAUAAAAAGGAUAAGAAAGCAUACGCUCAAUGCUACAUGGAUGUCUGCAAUCACGAGCCAAGUGCCGUCAACUUGACUCGUCUUGGAGAUGCUUACAUCACCAUUCUGGAACCAACUCUAGCCAUAGAGGCAUUCGAGAAAGCUAGGCGUCUUGAUAAGAGUAGCAACCACACUAGUGACCACAACCUUGUGAAGAAGAUAGCUCGAGCAUGGACACAGAUGCAUGACUAUGAGAAGGCCAUUGAAUGCUACAAGGCGGCACUCAAACGUGCCGACUCGAUGCCAAUUUCAACAGAUCUGGCCAAGCUCUAUCUCGACCUCGGACGCUAUCAGGAAUGCAUUCAGGAAAUGGAAAGACAUCUGUCAGUGCCGCACGACGAGGCUUCCACGGACCAAGUCGCUGACAGGGUUGAGAGCUUCCUUCUUCUAUCUAGGGCCUAUCAGAAAGAGCAUGCAUCUACAGCCCUGCACCAUGGCGACGCGAGGGGGAUGAAUCUGUCCGUUCCUCAGUCCUUGGAAGCUUUGAAGGCAGCCAAGGAGACUUCCCUGAAGAGCCUUGCCGCUCUGGGCUUUGUUUUGGGCAAGAGUUCCGUCACUGAUGAUGAUGAAGAAGACGGAGAUCUUCACAUGCUCAGGAAGCUGGCUGCAGACGUUCAUUACCAGCUAGGACAGUACUUGGAGCAUCUCGAGAAUAAUUCCGAUGCAGCCAUCGGGCAAUACACCGUGGCUGUGGAGUUAGACAAUCAUCACGAGUCUGCACUCAUGAGCCUUGCUCGCCUCAACUUUGCUAGGGGCGACGCCGAUUCUUGUGAGAAGACGCUAAGAGCCUUGUUGCGAAUCAACAGGGAUCAUAAGGAUGCGGAUAUGCUGUUGGCGUCGGUGAUGGCCUUGAGGGCUCAGAAGGCUCUGACGGCCUUUUCGGCAGACGAGGAGGGCGUCUUGAUCGAAUCUACGGAUGAGUUCAAGGCGGUCAUUGGGCAUUAUAAGGAUAUGCUCGACAAUGAUCCCACCAACUUCAAAGCUCUUGCACAGUUGCUCCUCCUGUUCAGAAAGACGGGAAGGUGGGUUUCGUUAGAUGAUCGAUUUGAACAUCGUGCCGAUCACUGCCGUGGCGUACCACAGAGGCCUGUCCUCAGGUUCUCUCAGGGCAUGCUCUCCCGAUGGUUGAACCAACCUCAGGAAGCUAUCGCGGAGUUCAAUGAUGCGAGGAAAGAUCAAGAGUAUCGCUACGAAGCUAUCAUGCAUAUGAUAGAGAUGUAUCUCUUUCCUGACCCCAGUGAUGGCUGCAGCCUCGAAGGUCUGGCCCCUACUACUCGUCCGCCCAUGACUAACAUCACAGAGGCCAAAGACCUUUGCAUUGAACUUGCCGAGCGAGAGAAGCUGGGUUGGAUCCCUAGACUGAGGGUUCUGAGAUACCAGGCUGACCUCUUGACACGAAACAAGACAUUAGUAGAAGCCGCUCUCAGCGACUUGAUGGCGCUAUUCAAUGAGUCGAGGACCUACGUCCCGGCCCUGUUAGCAGUUUCACAAGGUCUGAUUCUGUCCAAGCAAAAUUCGAAGGCUCGGAAUCAACUAAAGAGGAUAUGCGAAUACAAUCCUGAUUACGCUGAUGAUUUUGAAAAGGCCUGGCUACUCCUGGCAGAUCUUUACAUAGCAAACGGCAAGUAUGAUUUGGCAACGAAGUUGUGUCUGCAAGCGAGAGACCAGAACCAGUCUUGUGGUCGGGCAUGGGAACUCCUUGGUUUGAUAUAUGAGAAGGAGCAGGCAUAUAAGGACGCCGCUAUGCACUAUCAGCGAGCAUCGGAGUUGUUCUGUGAGCGCCGGGCGGCAGUUGGCUACCGACUGGCCUUCAACUUCCUUAAAGCUAAGCGGUAUGUGGAUUCUAUCCGUGUCUGCCACAAGGUGGGUUAG